GCACAUAUUGUGUGUUCUUCCUACCUAGAGAAGCGCCGAGGUAGCGCCAUUGCCCCAUUUAGCUCGAUCGAUGGCUAUGGAGGGCGCCAGGGAUCGCCACGCGCCAGGUAGAGCAUUGCUAGGGCGCUUCUUUGUAGAGAUCGUCUAGGCGAUGCCAGGACGCUCACAGGAAUCUCGCGGAGCUCGCGAAAUCUAGGCUAGGAAGGCUGGAGCGAGCAAUGGUAACGGCCAGGGAGCAAGAACACGGUGUUCUUGAUCGCGGCGGCGGGGAGGGAUUGCUAGAGCAGGCACAGAGUCUGGUAGCGCAGAUCGUCGCGGCUUCCUCGUCCGUCAAGGCCUUCCUUGUGCGAUGGAAGAUGAUAAUCUCGAGAUUGGAGCGGCUGCCAGAUCUCUUGACCGAGCUCGGCGGCGCGCCGUUCUUCGCCAAGAACACACUCUGCCUGGAGCUCCUGGAAUCUCUCGUGGCAAGCUUGGGCGAGGGUUUGGAGCUCGUGUCGCAGUGCGCGCUUCCCAGCUAUGGCGGAGGGAAGCUCCAAAUGCAGAGUAGGCUGGAUUCCCUGGCGAGCAGGCUGGAUGGCUACCUCCACGACUCGAGGCUGAUGAUCGAGACCGGUGUUCUUUGCCAGGCAUCGCCGCUCAUGACCCUCUCGGUGAUGGGCGUGAGCAAAGAGAGCAGGAAAUGGACCGUCAAGGACUUGCUGGCGAGGCUCCAGAUGGGGAGCACCGAGUCGCGGAUCAAAGCUCUCGACUCGCUGGUGGAGUUCAUGGCCGAGGAUGACAAGAACGUCUUGGUGGUAGCCGCGGCUCCGGGAAGCAUUCCAGCGCUCGUCCAUCUCUUGGACGGGCGAGCUCCUGUGAUGCGAGAGAAGGCCGCGGCGGCAGUGGCGAGCCUGGCAACCGUGGAGAGCUGCGUCCACGAGAUCGUCAGCGAGGGAGCUUUGCAGUCGCUCGUCCGGCUGCUUGAUCCGGCUAGAGGGUCUCUGGCCAGCGAGAGAGCCGCCAGGGCCUUGCAGAGUCUCACGCUGGUUCCAGACAAUGCUCGAUCGGUUGCGGCUUGCGGGGGUGUGAGUCCGCUGCUGGAUUUGUGCCGGAGUGGAACUCCAGUCGCGCAGGCUGUCUCCGCCAGCGUCUUGAGGAACCUCUCCGCGGUGGAGGAGAUCCGGCGGAGGAUCUCCGAGGAGGAGGAGUCCCUCCAGGUGCUCAUCUACUUGCUAAGUUCCGGGACUCCACACUCGCGCGAGCACGCCGCGGUGGCGUUACAGAACUUGGCGGCCAUGGACGACGACAACUUCAAGCGUGCUCUGGUGUGGAGCGAAGGGGUGCUGGAGCCGCUGGCGAGAUUUCUCGAUGGAUCGGAGGCUCCGGCGUCGCAGGAGGCAGGGAUUGGAAUCCUCCGCGGGAUCGCGUCGUCGCCAGCCACAGUUCCAGCGAUCCUGGAGGCCGGUUUCUUGCACCCGCUGGUGGGAUUCCUGACGCAGGGAUCGCCGUGCGUGCAGCAGUGCGCCGCGGCGGCGGUGGCAGCCAUGGCGGUGUGCUCCGAGAGCCGGAGAGCUAUCGGUGACGCCGGAUGCAUCGCUCCGCUGGUGAGGAUGCUGGACGCGAAGAUGGCGAGCGCGCAAGAGCACGCCGUGAGCGCGCUGGCCAACUUGGUGGAGCUGGAGAGCAACCGGAGGAUGGUGGCGAGCGAGGAGAAGGGAAUCUCGGGGAUCGUUCGGCUGCUGGAUACGUCGGGGUCGCCGAGCUUGGCGGCGGAGCGGGCUGUGGCGGCACUGAUUGCUCUGGCCGGGAACUCCAAGAACAGGAAGCAGAUCAUGGCGAGUGGAGCUUGCUACUACUUGGGGAGAUUGGUGGAGGGCGAGGUUCCAGGGGCCAAGAAGCUGCUGGAGAAGCUGGAAGGGGGCAAAUUCAGGAGCUUCCUCAAGAGAUUGGACAUAUCAUCAGAGUGAUAUGGUAUGAUAGCUUCAUCAUACAGAACCCAAACAGAGAAAUUGAUCAAUCGCUGUAAAUUUGAGGAGCAACAAAACGAAACUAACUUAAAAUCUGAA